CCGGUUUGGAGAUGUUUUGGUAUCAGCGAGUGCUUUGUAGGCCUCAUAUUAAUAACAAGGCCGUAUACUCUGAGGACCUCACUGUAUUCUUGCCUCUAGAUCUUCUGUGGAGCUCAGUAAAUGACCAUGAUGUGGGGAAUUCUCCUCUUAUCUCUGGGAGUGGAGGCUGCUUGGUCUGAGCGCUGUACUGCCCCCAUUGGAGUCCGUAAUCUUGCCAAGCAUGGAGUGGUCAGCCAGAGCUCCACCUACGUGGACAGCGUAAGCGCCGCACACAUGGGCCCCGAGCUCGCCAUAGACGGGAAUAAUGACAGUAAGUACAGCCAAGGCUCCUGCUCCCACACCAAGAAGGAAUAUGAGCCAUGGUGGAGCCUGGAUAUGAAGCAUAGCCACCGUAUCGGAACAGUGGUCCUGACCAUCAGGACGGACUGCUGCCAAGAACGUAUGCUGGGAGCCGAGGUCAUGGUCGGUGACUCUCCAAAUGGUGACAACCCAGUAUGCGGAGUCGUCCAGGACGCGUCUCAGGAGACCAUCGCUUUCUGCUGUGAUGGCAUGGUUGGCCGACACGUCACGGUGCGGAUCCCAAGGAGCGAGAAUCAUCUCACGAUGUGUGAAGUGGAGGUUUACGAGUACGUUGAGACCCCCGAUGUCCGCCCCGAGGAGGUUGUGUGGUCUGAAUGAUGUCCUAUGUGCACGAUACAAUAAACGUUCA